AUGACUCUGCUGACGAGAGCUUUCAACCGCUCCUACGGAGCCUCCCUACUAUCUUCUCGAGCUGCUCUACUCUCCAAUAAGCAGCAAACCAGAUGGUAUCGUCAUUGGCACCGCAUGUCUGAGGACGAUUGGGCCCUGCCCUUGGAUUCGAUGCCUGAAGACGUCAAGACCCUCAUGGCUACUCCUCAGACCGAACGAGGCUUCGUAGAGGACUACUGGUACAAUAGAAUCCGUGGGGAAGCCACUUUGUUGGACCCCGAGGCCUUGCCGUCCAAAAGCUACAUCGACCUAGCCAGGGACAUGGGCCUGCAAAUAGUCGAUGAACCUUCCAGCCAUAUGAUGGGCCUCAUCGAGCUGUACGAGUAUUUGAGAGGGGCCUCGUUCGUUGGCCCCUUUGGUACUAUCGAGAACCCAGUCCUUGUCCCUGCCGUGGGGCAAGAGCGCGUUGUGGCCUGCACUGGUGGCGUUGGUGAUGAGGAGCACUUUACUCUGUGGUUCAGAUGCAGGGAAGGGUUCAUGUAUCGUUGUGGAGAAUGUGACCAGAUUUUCAUGCUAGUCCGACUCUACUACGAGGAUCGCUACUGGACGCAGACUCUCGUCCGCGACACUUUCAUGUCUGAUGGUGACAUGUUCGACCUCAAAACGCUAGAGAGGGUGCAUAAAAUGUGGAAUAAGGAUGAGAUGGUCAGAUGGGAGGUUGGGUAUUGGGCCCAGGAUUACGUCUUGGGCAAGGGGGUGUUGCCAGGCAUGGUAGAAGAGCAUACUCGUGUGAACUAAGUACCGUUAUCUCUUCGAAGCUCUUUUUUGAUGAUAAUAUUAUUAUAGCACAGCGUUUGAGUGGAGACCUCCCUCAUUCGCCUCAUAGGUGACAUCACCCUCAUAGAUCUGCGUAUAGCAUGCUAGCGAG